AUGACGACCGUAGUAGUAGGUGGUGGUGGUUCGGUGGUACACUCAGACACCCUCCUCACAACAUCAAGCGAGACUGAAGAAACGAGCUCCGAUGCUCUAGCUUCGAUUCAAAUCAAAAUUAAGAAUGAAAUUUUAAACUUCCUCUACAUGAUGCAGUACAACCAUCGACAGAAAGGAGUGAAGAUCUUUCUAUUGUACCUAUUGUCAUAUGUUUGGAAUUUUUGGACCUGGAUAUGGACGCCCGUUUUGAGUGCAACCGAUUUUCAUUAUGCACAUUGGGGAAGUUGGUUAUUGAAUGUCCUCAAUUACCCUGUAACGUUUUCGAUGGAUAUCAUGCCCUAUAUGGGAUCCUUAGUACUUGCUUGCUUUGUAAUGUUUCUCAUGUUGGUCUUGCUCACGAUCUAUUCCUUAAGUUGGAGAGCAUCACGAGUUUCAUCACGAUAUAUCAAAAUCUAUCAACAAGUGAUUUAUAUCAAAUCAUUUCUUGCUAUUCUGCUUACUGCACCGAGUACAUUUGUGAUGACUGCCUUUGUUGAUUGCAGCUAUGGGUCAACUCCGAUUCGGGUACGAGAGGCCCUACUUGAGUUGGUCAACACACAACAAUCUUUUUCAAAUAUGUCAUCCAGUGCUAGUAGUAGCUCAUUGCUGAAUUCUUUGGGAAAUAGUACAACAAUUGCCUCACAAUAUUCUCUGAAUGUGUUGAAUCGAUAUCCCGAAUAUGAAUGCUUUGGAGUUCAAAAUGUUGCCCUCUUUUCUCUGGUGAUUAUAUUCACUUGCGUUUACAUCAUAUUAGCUUUACUCUCGACAUUUAUCAUUCCAAAUUCUCACCCUCGAAACUUUACACCCAUGAUCUUUGACAGUUUGCUUCUUCAACCCAUUAUUGUUGUUGGAAAUAUUCUUUCCAUUCUUGUGCAUUAUAUGAUACCUCCUCAUCUUGCCUAUGUUCGAUCCAUCUUUCACAUCAUUGUGUCUAUUUUAACCAUAUUGUUUGUUUUCAAAACUGUUCCAAUGAUGAGGAGAGUUGAAAACACGCUUGUGGGUGGUGCUGUUUGUGCUCGUUUAGGCACAAGCAUUGGAGGAUUGAUUUCGUUUUUUGUAAACUCAACCAAUGAGAAAGAAUUAGGAAUUGGAAUGGCCGUAUUGACUGUCGGCAUGACAAUUCUCUUUGCCUUAAUUGGAAGUAUUGCCAUGGAGUUUUACACAAGAUUUGUCAUCAAAUAUAUAAGAAAUAAGUACAUGAUUUUACAUGAAGGAAGCUCUGGAACUGUUGAAAGAGAGGCAUCUCAAAUUUACUCCCAAGUCAGUGAGGACGAUAAUUUUAACAAAUUACUAAUGUUUAUCAAGUUCACCAUGAUGAAAGUUGGAGCCAAGUUGGAUGAUGAGGAUCAUGAUUUAGCACAAAGCAUUGCUUUUAUAAGAGCUGCUUCGGCUUCCAAGUCCUUUACAGAUUUUAACUUGCUUGUUCUUUCUUCAAUAUUAGUUGCCUACGUCUUGCAAGACGAUCCCAAUGCGCACAUUUUCUCUCAAGCAUUGCUGAAAAGAGCAACGAAACGAAGACCCAACAUUUACAGAAGAUAUAUUAUCGGGCAAAAGAUGAAAGAAAUUGAGGUUUUUAUAUCGGACGAGACCAAAUCAGUGGGAAAUACGAUUGAGCUCAAGACGACACUUGCAAAGAUACAAAAGUCAAUGCUUGAACUGACAUCUUUGCAUCGUCAUUUUUGGAAAGAAAUGACAAAUGAGAUAAUUGACCACACAAAGAUUGAAAAAAUUAUGAUUCGUUGUUCAGUAUUAAUCAACGAAUGUGAUGUAAUAUUUAGCCACAUUUUGGCAAUGUAUUACAAUGACAAGACCGUCCUGAGACAAUACGCUCAAUAUGUUGAAUCUUUCAAGUUCAAUAAGGAACUCGCGAACGAGUAUUAUAAUGAGGCGACAAGUUUAGAAGAGGAUGAAUCGCUGCAUCGUAGAUCUGUCUACAAGAAUAGUAAGAAAACCAAAAACAGAGUUCAUCCUGAUGCUUCAGACGAAAAUAAUCAACAAGCAGCAGAGGAAAAAAAGAUCAAAUCAUUUACUUCUUUAUUCAAUAGCACAAAGGAAAUCAAUAAUGAGGUUGCAAGUGAACCAAGUUUAGACAAUUUUAAUGGAAUUGAGAGUGCCACAAAUGAAGCAAAGAGAGAGAUGGUUUUUAGAACUGCUUUAAGCAUUCCUGCAUAUAAGUUUAUUCAAUUGACAACUUAUUUCUUGUACAUAGCAUUUGCGUUGGCAUUAUUGGUUGUUGGAGUUGUCAUAUCAUAUAUUUUCUCGAUGAAUGUCACCAAAAAUGUAACUCACGUCAUUGAUGCAUGCAGUCCAAUAUAUGUGCCAACCAAUGUUCUUGUUGCACUUCGCGGAUAUCAAAUCUAUGCAAAAUCUGGUCUGAAUUCCACCUCUUCUAAACUGAGGAAAACGCCAGUGACUGAACUCUUCAUGGACACUGAAAGCAAUAAGAAAAUGAUUCAAGAAGCACGACAAGUGUUAAUAGCACUACAACAAAAAGCUUAUGACGCACAAUUUGAGAAAGUUGUAUACUCUUACUAUCAUGAACAAUUUUACCCAGUAAUCUUACCAAAGAUUGGUUCCUCCAACGAAAAGCUCUAUAACACCAUCUCUGUUGAAAAUGCAACCAUUACAGAUAUCAAUAACUUAUUUUUGGAGCUUACUGAUAGGUUACUGAGGUCUGAGGAAGGACAAAUGUUAGAAACAUUUUCCAGUUAUGCCUUUAUGUUAAUCUUUAGAAAUCAACAUACCUUCACACAAGCUUACUCAAAUUUUUGCAUGGAAUUUAUGGAUAAUGCAAUGAAAGAUGCCUUGCAAAUCAACAAUAUUGUCACCAUCUACACUGCAGUAUCAUUAUCAAUAUUUUUUCUGUUCAGCUUACUGUAUUUAGUUUAUGAGAGACUUGAGCUAACCGUACUGCAUAAACAAGUGAAUCUUUUGCACUCCAAUGUUUCAAAGAAUGAAAUGGGAAGAAUCUUUCACAUGUUAAGCAAAAAGGUUGGAGAUGAAGUCUCGAUUCACAUCUCAAAGAAUGCUUUAUUCAAACCUCAAAACUUUUUUCUCGUUGUUACCGCUUUAUUGACGACAAUUGUCAUUAUUUGUGGAGGUAUAUUCUUGAACACAACAUUGGGAAACUCAACGUAUUGUUUUGAGAGUUAUGUGACUAUUCAGGACUCUUUUGAUACUUUGACAUAUUUGCAAGAAACAACGUUUUCAAUAUUCGAGAUCUAUGUGCAUCGCGGAACGAUGAUUGACAGAAAUUUACCGCUUCUGUCGCAAAGCGAGUUGUCUGCAAUGAUUUCAAAUUUUGAUAAGGCAGUUAAUAAUUUAAGAUAUUUCUGGAAUUUGUGCAUGUAUGGAAGCUCAACUAAGGCUUAUGACACCCUAGUAGUAGGCAUGUUUCCUGAAAUAGAUCAAAUGAUUAGAGGUGAACUUAAUUGUACGCUUGAAUCCGUCGAGAAAUCAUGGCCUUCUCUUGAAAACAGUUCUUGUGAAAUUGGAAUUGAUUACAUGAUAGCUGACUUGAUAGCGAACGGACGGCAAGUAAUUGAGGACGUGACAGUAACAAAAUCUGCCAUAUUGGAGGACGAAGUCAAUGUGGUCUUUAGCGUUGGUACUCUUCUGACAUUAAUAUCUAAGAAAUUGGUGCAUUUCGCAAGUGUAUUUGCUCAAGACUCUUCCACACCUAUCAUUGAUAAUUUAGUGGUAUUUGCAAUUUUUGGAUUUUUAUCUUUGUUUUUGCUUGGAUUUUUAAUGUUUCAAUCUCUUUCAAACCACUCAAAAACAAUAUUUGCACUGAGGACGAUGUUCAAUUAUUUAAAUAUUGAAACCGUCGAAACCAAUGACAAGUUGAAGAAUUUUGUCCUCUAUCAUACCGUUGGAGAUGGAAUAUUCUCUAAAAUCUUUCAGCAUUCAGUUUCCAAUUCAGAAAGAGAAGAUGCCAAGCUCUUGUCUAUUAUUAAUGGUGCUGUAGAUGGUGUGGUAAUGUGCAAUUCAUCCAUGGGCAUUGACGUGUUUAAUGCUGCAGCUCAAAGAAUGUUUGGUUAUCAAUCACAAGAUGUCGUUGGCAACAGCCUCAUUACUCUAUUUGUUAAAGAAAAGCAAGAGGAAAUCAAGAAAAUGAUUGAAUCCAUGAAAAAUAUGGUCACCGAAAGAGAUCCAAAAGGAGAAACCACAGAAGUGGAAUUACAACGAAAAAAUCAAACUACAUUCCCUGGAAAGAUCAGCAUAUUUGUCACACUAUUCCAAAAGAAACAUGUUAUUACUUGUUUUAUUAAGGACAUUACACCUGAAAAGAAACACAAUGCUCUUCUAGCCGAGGAAAAAAAGAACUCUGAAAAUUUAUUGUUGAACAUUCUACCAGCAGCAGUUGCAAAUCAACUCAAAUCAGGUGCUUCCCUCAUUGCAGAAAAGUUUCCAGAUGUCACUUGCUUCUUUAGUGAUAUGGUGGGAUUUACCAGCAUUUCAUCGAAAAUGUCUCCUAGUGAAUUGGUUCAAAUGUUGAACAUCAUUGUCAUUGGAUUUGAUGACUUGACAGAUAAGUAUCGACUCGAGAAGGUAAAAACCAUUGGAGACGCCUACUUUUGUGCUGGAGGACUGCACAGCGAUGGAGGUCAAUCGGAUAGUCCUGAACGAAUGCUAAGGUUUGCAAUGGAGACUUUUUCUGUAAUACGGAGCUAUAAUGCUGCAAAUAGGAGGAACAACAUUGAUGAGCAAGUAAAUAUUAGGGUUGGAAUUAAUACGGGAGCUAUUGUGGCAGGAGUUAUUGGCCGAAAAAAGUUUGCCUAUGACAUGUGGGGUGACACAAUCAAUGUUGCAUCAAGAAUGGAAUCCACUUCAAAACCUGGAAGAAUACAAAUUUCAAGAUCCACCUACGAAAGAGUGUACGACCUUGGGUUUACUUUUGAAGAACGGAAAGUAGAAUUGAAAGGAAAAGGUUUGACACAAACAUACAUGCUCAACUCUAAACACCACGUUUCUGCAAUUCUCACAAAUGAAGAAAUGCUUGAUUUGAUGGAAACAACACAAGAUAAUUCCAACAUGGGUGAAACAGGCAGUGCAAAGGCUUCUGAAGAUAAGAAUUCUGCAAAUAAGAAUGCUCAGCAAGUUUAA